GCGCUGCGCUCUGGGGUUUCGCGCCUGGACGAGUGGAGGGGGAGUUCGUGUGUGCGCAGGUGGAGAGGAGGGUCCUGCUGAACUCCCCACAGGUCGGCCGGUGGUGGGUGUGGAGAGGAGGGAGAAAUCGUAGGCGACGCGGGUCCCUCACGUGACCGGGAGCUGCAGAGCGACGCAGCCUUCGGUGCAGUCGUCACUGCCAUCUGGAUACCAGCUCCCCGCUGCCCUGCGCACGGCGGGCUGGCAUCGGGCCCGGGGAAAGCGGAGCAGUAGUUCGGUGUGGCACUGUUUGUGGCGAGGCGAGGGAAGAAGGAGAGAAAACUGCACAGGAUCUCUGGAGGUCUUCCCAUGGGCCUAUAGUAGAGCUGUUUACCACUGGAAGCAAGGGAAAGGGGGAGACUGGCCUGGAACCAUGAAGGUUGGUGUGAAGAUCUGCCUGAAGGUCUGCUGCAGGGCUUGAGCUCACUGAAAACAAAGAAAUAAGGAGGAAAUUGCCCUUGAUCAGUAUAUACUGGUCCGCAGAUCUCAUGAGUUUGUAGAUCUACUUUAGGGUAUAUCACCAGUCAAGAGAAGGAAAGAGGAAGGAAGGAAAGAAGAAGGAAACUGCUUCGAUCAUUACAGGUCCACCUCCAGUGGCAGCUGUAGUGGCCUUUGAGUUGCUGAAGACCAACACCCUCACAGGCCUACACCCAGACCUACUACCCUCUUUCCCCAGCCUGAUUGAGUCCCCCUGUACCUUGUUCGUGCCUUCAGGAGGGGUGAUUACAUGGGUCGCGUUCAGGAAGUGGGCUGGGUGACUGCGGGACUGGUGAUCUGGGCUGGUACCUGCUACUACAUUUACAAAUUAACCAAGGGUAGAGCCCAGAGUGUGAGGAGACUUGCCAGAAAUGGGUCCAGAGUCAAGAUGGAGACUGUGGUUGGUGUACAGAACCAGACCUUGGCCAUGAGUGAAGCCAUGACUGGGACAGAGAUUGAGGCUAGAUCCAAGGUCAAGACUGGAGCAGAAAUUGGAGCAGGAGGUGGAGCUGGGGCUGAAGUAGAGACUAAGGCCACUGCUAAAGCCAGACCCAAAGGCAACUUCCAGGCCAAGGCAAUGGCUGGGGCGGAGGCAGAGACCCAAUCUGAGGCCAAAACAGUGGUCAUGACAGAGGCAGUGACUCUGACUGAGGCCAAGGCCAAAGCCAAGGAAGUAGCCAUGAAAGAGGCAGUGACCCAAACUGACUCUGAGGCUAGGAGAGUAGUCAAGAAAGAGGCAGUGACCCAGACCAAAGCUAAAGCUUGGACAUUGGUUGCCAGGGCAGAGACCAAGAAAGAAGCAAUGACUCAGACCAAAGCAGAAGCUCGUAUAUUGGCUGAAAAAGAGACAGACAUGAACAGAGUAAUGGUGACACAGGGUAAGGCCUUGGCAGUGACCAAGGAAGUGGCUAAAAUGAGUGCCAUAAACAAGACUGGAAUUGUGGCUGAGACCAAGGCAAGAGCCCUGGAAGAGAUAAUGAGUAUGACCAAGACUCAGACUGAGGCCAGGCCUGGUACCACAGUUGAUAAUAAGGGAAAUCCUAACACCAUGUCCAGGGCAGAAGCUGGAGUGGAUGUGAGCUCCUGUGCACUGUCUCAGGCUGUGGCCAAGAUCCAGGCUGAUGACAUGCCUAGUGCUGGGGUUGAGGCUAAGGGGAAUCGCAAAACUGUGUCUCGGGCAGGGUCUGGGGUAGACAUGAGGCCUUCUGCCCAACCUCAGAUUGUAGCCAAGGCCCAGCCUGAGGCCAUGCCUGGGGUAAGGGUUGGUGCUGGGGGUAAUACCGAUGUCAUAUGUAAGGCAGGAGUGGGGGCAGAUAUGAGAGCUUCUAUACAACCUCAGACUGUGGCCAAGAAACAGGCUGAGGCCACGUCUGGUGCCAAGGUUGAUGACCGGAGAAAUACCAAUGUCACGUCUAGGGCAAUAAUUAGAGCUGACAUGAGGGCUGCUGCUCAGCCUCAAGCUGUAGCCAAUGCUCAGGCUGAGGCUAUGCCUGAUGCUAAGGUUAAGGGUAGAGGCAACCCCAAUGCCACGUGUAAAACAGGGGCCAAGGCAAACUUGAAGGCCAGUUCCCAGGCUGAGGCCUUGCCUGAUGCCAGGGAUAAGACCAGAGGCAAUCCCAAUACCAUGUCUAAGGUGGGGGCUGGGACAGACGUUGAGUUCUAUACACAGCCUCAGCCUGUGGCCAAUGUCCAGGCUGAUGCCUUGCCUCAUGGCAAAAUUAAGGCUAUGGGCAAUGUCAACACCAUGUCUAAGGAAGGAACUGGGACAGACACGAAGACACAAUCUCAGGCUUCCACCAAGAGCCGGGUUGAGGCCUUACCUAGUACAGGAGGUAAGACUAGGGGCAAAGCCAAAGGCAAGUGUAAGGCAGGGGUUGGGACAGACAUGAAAACCUGUGCGCAGCCUCAGGUUGGGGCCAAGACCCAAGCCAAUGCCUUGCCUGAUUCCAGGGUUGAUGGCAGGAGUGAUUCUAAUGCCAUUUCUAGGGUAGAGGCUGAGGCAGAACUGAGGGUCUGUGGUCAGCCCCCAGCUAUGGCCAAUUCCCAGGGCGAGGCCUUGCCUGGUACUAAGAAUAAGGUCAGUGGCAAUCCCAGUGCUGUGUUUAAGGUGGUGGUUGGACCAGAUACAACAGGCUCUGCCCAGUUCCAGGCUGUGUCUAAUUCCCAAGGUGAAGUCUUGCUUGGCACCAGGAAUAAGGUCCGGGGCAAUUCCAAUGUUGUGUCCAAGGCAGGGGCUGGAGCAGAUACAGUGGACUCUGCCCAGCUCCAGACUGUGGUCAAUUUCCAGGGUGAAGCCUUGUCUGGCACUAAGAAUAAGGUCAGGGGCAAUCCCAAAGCUGUGUCUAAAGCAGGGACUGGGCCAGAUACAAUGGGCUCUGCCCAGACUCAAACAGAUACUAUGGGCUCUGCCCAACCCCAGGCUGUGGCCAUUUCCCAGGGUGAAGCCUUGCCUGGUGCCAGGAGUAAAGUCCAGGGCAAUUCUAAUGCUGUGUCCAAGGCAGGGGCUGGAGGAGAUACAGUGGGCUCUGCCCAGCCCCAGGCUGUGGCCAAUUUCCAGGGUGAACCCUUGUCUGGCACUAAGAGUAAGGUCAGAGGCAAUCCCAAAGCUGUGUCUAAAGCAGGGACUGGGCCAGAUACAAUGGGCUCUGCUCAGACUCAAACGGAUACAGUGGGCUGCCAGGCUGUGGCCAAUUCCCAGGGUGAAGCCUUGCCUGGUGCCAGGAAUAAGGUCCGGGGCAAUCCCAAUGUUGUGUCCAAGGCAGGGGCUGGAGCAGGUACAGUGGGCUCUGCCCAGUCCCAAGCUGUGGCCAAUUUAAAGGGUGAGGCUUUUUGUGGUACUAAGAAAAAGGUCAGGGGCAAUGCCCAGCCUCAAACAGAUACAACAGGUUCUGCUCAGCCUCAGGCUGUAGCCAGUUCCCAGGGUGAGGCCUUGUCUGAUGUCAAGAAUAAGGUCAAGGGCCAUCCCAAUGCUAUGUCUAAGACAGAGUCCAGAGCAGAUACAAUGGGCUCUGCCCAGCCCCAAACUGUGUCUAAUUCUCAAGGUGAAGCCUUGCCUGGUGCCAGGAAUAAGAUCCGGGGCAAUCCCAAUGCUGUGUCCAAGGCAGAGGCUGGAGUAGAUACAGUAGGCUCUGCCCAACCCCAGUCUGUGGCCAGUUCCCAGGGUGAAGCCUUGUCUAGUACUAAGAAUAAGGUUAGGGGCAAUCCUAAUGGUGUGUCUAAGGCAGGGACUGGGCCAGAUACAACGGACUCUCCCCAGCCUCAAACAGAUAAAACAGGUUCUGCUCAGCCUCAGGCUAUGGCCAGUUCCCAGGGUGAGGCCUUGCCUGGUCUCAAGAGUAAGGUCAGGGGCAAUCCCAAUGUUGUGUCUAAGGUAGGGGCUGGGCCAGAUACAGUGGACUCUGCCCGGCCCCAGGCUGUGUCUAAUUCCCAAAGUGAAACCUUGCCAGGUGCCAGGAAUAAGGUUCAGGGCAAUCCUAAUGCUGUAUCCAAGGCAGGGGCUGGAGCACAUACAGUGGGCUCUGCCCAGUCCCAGACUGCGGCCAAUUUAAAGGGUGAGGCUUUUUGUGGUACUAAGAAAAAGUUCAGGGGCAAUGCCCAGCCUCAAACAGAUACAAUAGGUUCUGCUCAGCCUCAGGCUGUAGCCACUUCCCAGGAUGAGACCUUGUCUAGUACCAAGAAUAAGGUCAGGGGCAAUCCUAAUGCUGUGUGUAAGGCAGAGACCAGGGCAGAUACAACAGGCUUUGCCCAGCCCCAUGCUGUGUCUAAUUCCCAAGGUGAAGCCUUGCCUGGUGCUAGGAAUAAGGUCCGGGGCAAUCCCAAUGUUGGGUCUAAGGCAGGGGCUGGGCCAGAUACAACGUGUUCUGCCCAGCCUCGAACAGAUGCAACAGGCACUUCCCAUUCCCAAGCUGUGGCCAGUUCUCACGGUGAGGCCUUGCCUAGUGCCAAGAAGAGGGUCCAGCGUAAUCCCAAUGCUGUGCCCAAGGCAGAGGCUGGAACAGGUACAAUGGGCUCUGUCCAGCUCCAAGCUAUGUCUAAUUCCCAAGGUGAAGCCAUGUCUGGUGCCAGGAAUAAGGUCAGGGGCAAUCCCAAUGCUCUGUCUAAGGCAGAGACUGGGCCAGCUACAACAGACUCAGCCCUGCCCCAGGCUGUGGCCAGUCCCCAGGGUGAGGCCUUGCUUGGUGCCAGGAGUAAGGUCAGGGGCAAUCCCAAUGCUGAGUCUAAGGUAGAGGCUGGGGCAGAUAUGAUGGGCUCUGGUCAGCCUCAGUCCAUGGCCCAUUCCCAGAGUAAGACCUUGCCUGGGGCAAAGGACAAGGCUGUACCUAAGUCUGAAGCAGAAGCCACAGGACAUGAGGUCUAUGCAAAGCCUAAGGCUCAGGCCAUGCCCACUCCUGAGAGUGAGGGUGGGACCGACACUCAGGCCUGCAGAAAGACUCAGCCUAAGGUCCGUGACUAUUACUGGAGUGGGAUUGGUAUUGAGGAUUGGAUUGCUUCUGAGCGAUGGAUCAAAUUUAGGUUUCAGGCCAGGGAUGGAUACUGGGAGAAUAGCGUGUCCUGGGCUGAUGAUGAAAAUGAAGCCAGUAUUGAGUCCUGGAGUGGGGCUAGUGAUAAGUCUGGUAUUAGGUCCUGGGCUGGGGCUUGUGAUGAGGUCAGCAUUAAGUCCUGGCCUGGGGCUAGAGCUGAGAAUGUGGUUGGUAUUGGAUUCUGGGCUGGAGCUGGGGACCAGGCCAGUGUGGGGCUCUGGGAUGGAAGGCAGGCCAGUGAAGAGUCCUGGGCUGGGGGCAAGGGCAGUGGAAGUUCCUGGGCAGAGGCUGAGGACAAGGCCUUUGGAGGGUCCUGGACUGGGGCUGAGAACCAGGCCAGUGAGAGGUCUUGGGCUGGCACUGGGAGCCAGGCUAUUGGGGAGACCUGGGCUGGAGGUCAGGCCAGGGAGGGUUCCUGGGUUGGAGGCCAGGCCAGUGGGGUAUCCUGGGCUGGGGAAGAGGCCAUUGGAGAGUCUUGGACUGCAGCUGAGAACCAGGCCAAUGGAGGAGGGUCCUGGGCUGGCCCUGAGGAACAGACCAGUGGAAGGUCCCAGGAUGGGGCUGGAAUUCAGGCUAAUGGAGGGUCCUGGGCUGAGGCUAGGGCUGGGAAUGUGGCUAGUACUGGGUACUGGGCUGGGGUUGUGGACCAGGCUAGUGGAGGGUCCUGGGUUGAGACUGGUGGUCUGUCUGAUGGUGGAUCCAAGCCUAGAUUUGAGGAUCAGGCCAGUGAAAAUGUGUCCUGGGCUGGGGCUGGUGGCCAGGCCAGUGGAGGGUCUAGGCUGGGGCCUGAGGACCAGUCCAGUGGUGUGUCCUGGGCAAGAGCUGGGGAACGGGCCAUCGGAGGGUCUAGGCCAGGUUUUGUGGACCAGUCCAGUGUUGGAUCCUGGGCUGGUGCUGGAAACCAGGCCAGUGAAGGAUUCUUGGUUGGGGCUAUGGACCAGGCCAGUGGGGGCUCCUGGACUGGGACUGGUGAUCAGUCUGGUGGUGGGUCCAAGCCUAGAUUUGAGGGUCAGGUCAGUGAAGAAGGGUCUUUGGUUGGCGCUGGUGGCCAGGCUGGUGGAGGGUCCAGGUUGGGGCCUGAGGACCAGUCCAGAGGAAGGUCCUGGGCUGACUCUGGGGACAAAGCCAGUGGAGGGUUCUUGGUUGAGGCUGUGGACCAGGCCAAUGGAGGGUCCUGGGCUGGACCUGGGGAUCAGGCUGGUGGUGGGGCAAAGCCUAGAUUUGAGGAUCAGGCCAGUGGAAGAAGGUCUUGGGCUGACAGUGGGGGCCAGGCUGGUGGAGGGUCUAGGCUGGGGCCCAGGGACCAGUCCAUGGGCGAUUCAUGGGCUGGUACUGAAAAUCAGGCCAGUGGAGGAUCCAGGCCAAGGCCCGAGGAUCAGUCCAAUGGAUGGUUCUGUGUUUGCCGUGGGAGUCAGUCCAAUGCAAGAGGGUCCUGGGGUGGGGCUGGUGGCCAGGCAGUUGGAGGGUCUAGGCUGGGGCCCAUGAACCAGUCCAGUGGUGGGUCCUGGACUGACACUGGAAGUCAGGUGAGUGGAGGCUCUUGGGCUGGGGCUAGGCAUCAGGCUGGUAGCUGUCUCAAACCUGGAUUUGAAGAUCAGGCCAGUGGAGGAAGGUUCUGGUCUGGUGCUGAAGACCAGGUCAUUGGAGGGUCUAGUCCCGGGCCCACAGACCAGUCCAAUGGUGGGUCCUGGGCUGGCUCUGGGAGUCAGGCCAGUGGAAGGUCCUGGGUUGGGGCUGGAGGUCAGGCUCGUAGUUGUUCCAAACCUGGAUUUGAGGAUCAGGCUAGGGGAGGAGGCUCCCAGGCUGGUGCUAGGGAUCAGACUGGUGGAAAAUCCUGGGCUGGGUCUAGGCCUGGAAAUGAGGCCAGUAGAGGGUCUAGGCUGAGGCCUGAGGACCAGGCCAGUGGAAGGUCCCAGGUCAGUGCCAGGACAGAGGCCUAUGAAGAAUCCUGGUUUGGGGCUGAAGGUGAGGCUACUACAGGGUCCUGGUUCUGGAGAGGGGAAGAAGUUGGUUUUGUAUCCAGGCCUGGAGGUAAAAACGAGGCCAGUAGUGAGUCUACAUCAGGGGCUGGGGAGGAGUCCAUCAUUAGUUCCAGAUUUGGGGCUGAGGACAAGACCAAUAUUGAGUCUUGGAUCAGAUCUGAAGAGAUGGCCUGUAUGGAUUCCCGUGCGGGGGCUGAGGCUGGGGCUGGGGCAGGGGCUGAGGCCGGGAAGGAGUCUUGGCUCUGGGAUGGAAAUGCAACCACUACAGGAUCUAGGCUUGGGGCUGGGGAAAAGCCUGGCAUGCGGUCCUGGACUUUGGCUGAGGAUGUAGAUGAGGAUGAGCUAAGUAGAGCAUCCAGCCCUGAUAUUGAGGAGAUCAGUUUAAGGUCUUUGUUUUGGGCUGAGAGUGAGAACAGUAAUGAGUCCAGAUCCAAGAGUGAGAAAGAUGUCAAUUCUGAGUGUAAGGCCAGCACCAAGGAUAAACUUGAGGCUGCUGGUGGAGUCGAUGUAAGGUCUUGGUUCUGGGCUGGUAAUGAAAACAGAAGUGAGGACAAAUCUACACCUAAGACUAAAGCCAAAAAGUCAGCUGAGUCAAGAGGCACAUAUCCGUCCAUGGUCCCUGGGGCAGGAAUGGGGUCAUGGGCAGGAGCCAUGAUCUGGACAGAAAUGAAAUUCCCAUACCAAAAUGACUCCUGCUUCCCACCUGAAGAGGAACUCAGAAAGCAGAUCAGGUCUGGGGAGAAAACUCAGCCCUGGGCCUGCCGCUGUAAACGUGAAGCUAAUAUGGAUCCACGAGAACUUGAAAAACUCAUUUGCAUGAUUGAGAUGACUGAAGAUCCUUCUAUUCAUGAAAUAGCCAAUAAUGCUCUAUAUAACAGUCCUGAUUAUCCAUUUUCCCAUGAAGUCAUUCGUAAUGCAGGUAAAAUCUCAAUUAUUGAAAGCUUGCUCAAUAAUCCCUACCCCAGUGUUAGGCAGAAGGCUUUAAAUGCACUGAAUAACAUCUCAGUGGCUGCUGAAAAUCAUAGGAAGGUUAAAACGUACUUAAAUCAAGUAUGUGAAGACACCAUCACUUAUCCCUUGAAUUCAAAUGUGCAGCUGGCUGGACUAAGAUUGAUAAAGCACCUGACUAUUAUUAGUGAGUAUCAGCAUAUGGUGACAAAUUAUAUUUCAGAAUUUCUUCGUUUGUUAACUGUGGGAGGUGGAGAAACUAAAGACCAUAUUUUGGGAAUGCUUUUGAAUUUCUCUAAAAAUCCAUCUAUGACAAAAGACUUACUCAUUGCUAAUGCACCAACAUCACUGAUUAAUAUCUUUAGCAAGAAAGAGACAAAAGAGAAUAUUCUUAAUGCUCUUUCACUAUUUGAAAAUAUAAAUUAUCAUUUCAAAAGAAGAGCAAAAGUAUUUACCCAGGACAAGUUCAGCAAAAAUUCCCUUUAUUUCGUAUUCCAACGACCUAAAGCAUGUGCCAAGAAACUUCGAGUCUUAGCAGCAGAAUACAAUGACCCUGAGGUGAAAGAAAGAGUUGAACUGUUAUUAAGUAAACUCUGAUUAGUUUUAUGUUUCCAAACAAAGCUGAGUAAUAUUUUGGUUUUGCAGACUGGAAAUAAUGCACAUUGUAAAUUGCAUUAUAACUUCAAAACUGAUGUUACUUAUGAUGGUCUAUAGUUGGACCACUUUAUGAACACCAAAUGAAUUCAAACUUGUACUGAAAAUACAUGUGUUGAUUUUACCUUGUCUGGAUUGAGAUAUUUUUAGUAUGCUUCAUGAGCAGAAACUGAACUGAUUCUUCAUAAGUAAGGUAAUCUUUGGUCCUUUGUGUGGACUUAUGUUUAUAUAUUUGAGACUUUAUUUUUAUGUCAUCAAUAAAGUUGUGUGUUUUAAGCAGA